AUGGCAGUAUUGGGUGUUCUGAAAUUUCCCCUACCGCAUAAGUACAUCCCCUUCGGGGAAAAUGGGGCGAUAGCGGGGACUUACGAUGAACUUCUCUAUAAAAUCAAAUAUCAGGUAUAUGAUGCUGUAGUGGGGGACGUAGAAAUUGUAGCAAACCGGUCAACUUAUGUUGAUUUUACGUUGCCCUACUCAGAAUCUGGCGUGUCAAUGGUGGUUUUGAUGAAAGAUGAUGAGAAGAAAGACUUCUGGAUAUUCUUAAAGCCAUUGAGUUUGGAUCUUUGGUUAACAACUGGCUUAGUCUUCAUUUUAACAGGUUUGGUUAUAUGGGUUCUUGAGCAUCGUAUAAACACCGAAUUCAGAGGACCUCCAGAGCAUCAACUUGGCACAAUAUUUUGGUUCUCCUUCUCGACACUCGUCUUUGCUCACAUGAAGCAGCUGUGGCCUUCAUUUGAUGAUGUGCAAGAGAUCAAAAAACAUGACUACUUUGUAGGAUAUCAAAAUAAUUCUUUUGUGAAAGAUCUCUUAAUAAAUCAACUGAGAUUUAGUGAAGACAAAUUGAGACCUUAUAACACCCCAGAAGAGUAUAAUGUAGCAUUGUCUAAAAGAGAGGUGGCUGCAAUUUUUGAUGAAGUCCCAUACAUAAAGCUCUUCCUUAAUAAGUACUGCUCCAAUUUCAUGAUGAUCAGACCUACCAACAGAACCGGCGGAUUUGGCUUUGCCUUUCAACAAGGUUCCCCACUGGUUCCUUACAUGUCAAGUGCAAUUUUGAAGGUGACUGAAGAUAAAGAUGCAAUGGAAGCAAUCGAGAGAAAGACUUUUGGCAGCAAACCAACUUGUGAAGAAAAAAGCGCGACAAUUUCUUCAGGUAGCAGUCUCAGUGUGUACAGCUUCGGGGGGCCCUUUAUAAUCACAGGAGUUGCUUCCAUUUCUGCACUCUUGCUACAUCUCUUCAACUUCAUUCGUUCACACUGGCCUGUCUUGAAUGACCACCAUCUUCACUCCGAACGAUCCUUCCUGGCGAAGAUCGUCGAUUUGAUAAAGCAUUUUGACAAAAAGGAUCUCUCUUCAUACCAUUUCAAUAGAAGUGAAUCAAGAGUAUAUCCUGCACAAAAUCUAGAAGCCAAUGUUGUAGCUUCAGUUCCUAAUGAUAUGCAGAACCAUUCAAGGACUUCUUCCCAAGGAGGAGAGAAUAAUGAUACAUCUAUUGAUGCACUACACACAUCUUGGACGUAUAAUGUAGAGAUUAGAUAUACUCCAUGUAAGGUAGUAAAUUAUGUCGGGCACAUGGUUGCAGAUUAUUAUGUUUUAUCUAUUUUAAGAGCGUAA